UACAAACAAGGCUGUGAACAGGAGCAAGGUGAAUACAACUACCCAGCCACCCUCACACCAGGCUACCAAAGCCAAAGGAAGCUUGACCCACUGAAAGACAAGAACUACAGGCAGCACAUCGACCAGGUCAAGUACAGUCCAGUGACGGACACACCUGAGAUUAUUCUGGCGAGGAAAAACGCUCAGCUCGUCAGCAACCUGAAUUACAAAGCAGGCUAUGAAAAGACAAAGCACCAGUACACACUGUCCCAGGAUCUGCCCCAAAUCAAAAACGCCAAAGCCAAUGCUGCUCUGUGCAGCGAUAUUAAAUAUAAGGAGGAGUGGGAGAAGUCCAAAUCUAAGGCCUGUGACAUCGGCAUGGACGACCUGAGCGUCAGAGCGGCCAAAGCGUCCCGAGACCUCGCCAGUGAUAUUAAAUACAAAGAGAGCUACAUGAAGAACAAGGACCAGGCAGUGGGGGUCAACAUGAGCGACUCCAGGACUCUGCACUCACUUCAAGUAGCCAAGAUGAGCAGCGAUAUUGAAUACAAGAAGGGCUCCAAGGAGAACCAGGCCCAGUACACGCUUCCCAUGGACAUGAUCAACCUGAGCCACGCCAAGAAGGCUCAGGCCCUCGCCAGCGACCUGGAGUAUCGCACAAAGCUCCACGAUUACACCGUCAUGCCGGAUGACAUCAAGGUCCAGCAGGCUAAAAAGGCUUAUUCCCUGCAGAGUGAGAACCAGUAUCGCUCAGACCUGAACUGGAUGAAGGGAGUGGGCUGGGAGACUGAAGGAUGUUUGAACAUAACCCAGGCCAAGAAAGCUGGAGAGCAGCUCAGUGAUAAUAAAUAUCGUCAGAAGGCCGACAGCAUCAGGUUCACCCAUGUGGCGGACGACCUCUCCAUCAAACAUGCCAAGAAGAGCCAAGAGCUGCAGAGCGACCUGGCGUACAAAGCAAACACAGAGCAGAUGAUGCACCAGUACACCAUGACAAAGGACGAGCCGCUGUUCAGGCAAGCAAAGGCGAACGCUGACCUUCUCAGUGGGAAAGUGUACAAGAGCAAAUGGGAGAAGCAAAGAGAAAAAGGCUUUGAGCUGCGUCUGGACUCUCUCUCUAUUCUCACCGCCAGGGCCAAGAGGGACCUGGCCAGUGACGUCAAAUACAAGGAGAAAUAUGAGAAGAACAAAGGCAAGGUGAUUGGUAUUAAGUCUGUCAGUGACGACUCUCAGAUGGCCCAUUCUGCUCUGGCCACCAAACUGCAGAGCGGCCGCCACUACAAACAGAACUACGAGGACACGAAGAACCAAUUCAAUGUUUCUCUGGACAUGCUGAACAUCAGCCACGCGAAGAAGGCUCAAGACCUGGCGACCGAGACCAACUACAGGACGUUCCUCCACGAGUACACUACGCUGCCCACUGACAUGAACGUGGCCUGGGCUAAGAAAGCCUACGGACUGCAGAGCGAUAAUCAGUACAGGUCCGAUCUGAACUGGAUGAAGGGCGUUGGCUGGGAGGCCUCGCAGUCUCUGGACGUCCAGCAGGCGAAGAAAGCCGGAGCGCUCGUCAGCGAGAAAAAGUACCGCCAGGACGCGAGCGCUGUGAAGUUCACCAGUGUCGAAAACACCCCAGAGAUGGUCCAAGCCAAACUCAGCAACAAACUGGCCAUUGAUAGGUUGUACAGGGAGAAGGGUGAAAACCUGAAGCACAACUACACCCUCAGUGGAGAGCUGCCUGAGAUGGUGCAGGCCAAACUCAACGCCAUGAACAUCAGUGAGAGCCGCUACAAGGAGUCGUGGACUAAGAUACGUGAUGGCGGCUACAAGCUGCGGCUGGAUGCCAUCCCUUUCCAAUCUGCCAAAAUAUCUGCAGAGAUCCUCAGCGAUCAAAAGUACAAAGAGGAAUUUGAGAGGACUAAAGGGAAGAUGAUCGGGCUGAAGGGGCUGCAGGAUGAUUUGAACAUCUCUCACUCUGUCCAGGCCACCAAGCUGCACAGUGAUAUUAAAUACAAGCAGGAUUCGGCGAAGCAGCUCUCAAAGUUUCAUCUGCCUAUGGACAUGAUAGAGGUGGCCCACGCGAAAAAGGCUCAGUCGCUGGUCAGCGAUCAGGACUACAGACUCACCCUGCAUCAGUACACGUCACUGCCUGACGACAUGAAGGUGCAGGCAGCCAAGAAAGCGUACGCUCUGCAGAGUGAGAAAGUUUACCGCUCUGACCUGAACUACCUGCGCGGUGCAGCGUGGAUCGCCACAGGGGCCCUGCAGAUCGAAGGCUCCAAGAGGGCCACAGACCUCAUCAGUGAUAAAAAGUACCGUCAGCAGCCGUACAACUUCAAGCACACGUCUGUGGCAGACUCUCCAGAUAUCGUCCACGCCAAACUCAGCGGACAGAUCGCAAAUGAACGUUUGUACAAAGAGAAAGGUGUGAACGACCAACACAACUACACUAUGACGUCUGAGAGACCAGAGAUCACCCAGGCCAAGAUCAACGCAGCCAACUUCAGCGAGAUCAAGUACAGAGAGUCCUGGCACACGCUGAGGGCUCAGGGCUACAAACUCACCAUGCAGGACAUCCCCUUCCAGGCUGCCAAGAGCUCCACAGGCAUCGCCAGUGAUUACAUGUACAAACACAACCACGUGCUGGACAAAGGCAAACACAUCGGCAUCAAAAGCGCCCUGGACGACCCACUCCUCCUUCACUGCCGGCAGGCCGGCCGUCUGGCCAGCGACCAGGAGUACCGCAGGGACGCGCUGAUCACCAGUGGUCAGUACCACCUCACCCCCGACAUGAUUCACCUGGUGACGGCUAAGAACGCCCAGUCCUUGGCCAGCGAACAGGACUACAGGACGAGGCUGCACGAGUACACGGUGCUCCCUGAUGACAUGAAGGUCAAAUGGGCCAAGAAGGCGUAUGACCUGCAGAGGCAGAACCAAUACAAGUCAGACCUCAAUUUCAUGAAAGGAGUGGCUUGGGACGGAGUGGGUGCACCUCAGAUGGAGUCGGCCAAGAAAGCUGGAGAUCUUAUAAGUGAUAAGAAGUAUCGUCAGCUGCCUGACAGUCUGAAGUUUACCUCAGUGGCCGACUCUCCUGAUAUCGUCCAUGCCAAGACGAGCUAUCAACAGUGCAGUGAGAGGCUUUACAAAUCAGGGAAGGAUGACGACAUGCACAAAUACACCUUACACUCAGACGAUCCAGACUUUGUGAGAGCCAAGAUGAACGCCCAGCAGAUUAGUGAUAAAGUGUACAAGGCGUCUGGGGAGCAGGUGAAGACGUUGGGCUACGACCUGAGGCUGGAUGCCAUUCCUUUCCAAACUGCCAAGGCCUCCAGAGAAAUCGCCAGUGACUUCCGUUACAAGGAGUCCCAUCACAAAGAGAAGGGCCAGCAGGUGGGGCUGCUCUGCGUGGAGGACGACCCCAAGAUGGUGCAUUCUCUGGCAGCCAGCAAACUCCAGAGCAACCUGGAGUACAAACGCCAGUCCAAGGAGGACCACGGCCACUUCAAGAUCCACGGCGACCAGCCCGAGUUCUUGCUGGCCAAGAAGAGCCAGGCUCAGGCCAGCGACCUCACCUACCGCCGCAAGCUCCACGACUACACCUGUGACCCUGAGCAGCUCAACGUCAAGCACGCCAAGCAGGCCUACAAGCUGCAGAGCGAUGUGAACUACAAAUCAGACCUGAACUGGAUCAGAGGAGCGGGCUGGACCCCUCCCGGCUCCCACAAGGUCGAGCUCGCCCGGCGAGCUGCAGAGCUGGGAUUUGCCGAGGGGGUCAGCACAGAGGAAGCCAUCGCAAAGUAUCAGCACAUGAUGAUGAUGGUGCAUCACCAGCAACAGAUGGAAGAACAGCAUGAGCAUCAGGCAUCAGAGCAGAUGGAGACGAGCGAGGAGAUACAACAGGGCAUCAACAUGGACGCCAUGGAGGUGCUUCACGUCAAGAGGAAGAAGACCAUUCAGGCCGUGCAGAAAAAGUCCUCCACCACCACGACCUCGUUCAAGUCCAUGGAGAAGAAGUCCAGCGCCACCUCGUCAACAGCUCUCCAGAACACAGUGAGGACGGCUCUGUCGUCCAGUAAAGCUGCUGCGAUAGAAGACGCGUAG